AUGUUAGCCGAUGUUAGCCAGGAGGCUUUAGCCAGGAGAUACCACAAACCCACGCCCAGGCAGCCACCACAUACCCCACACCCAGGCAGACACCACAUACCCCAAGCCCGGACAGACAAAGCAUACCCCACACCCAGGCAGACACCACAUACCCCACGCCCAGGCAGACACCACAUACCCCACGCCCAAGCAGCCACCACAUACCCCACACCCAGGAGACACCACAUAACCCACGCCCAGGAGACACCACAUACCCCACGCCCAGGAGACACCACAUACCCCACGCCCAGGAGACACCACAUACCCCACGCCCAGGAGACACCACAUACCCCAUGCCCAGGAGACACCACAUACCCCACGCCCAGGAGACACCACAUACCCCAUGCCCAGGCAGCCAUCACAUACCCCACGCCCAGGCAGCCACCACAUACCAGGCAGCCACAGCAUACCCCACGCCCAGGCAGCCACAGCAUACCCCACGCCCAGGCAGACAAAGCAUACCUCACGCCCAGGCAGACACAGCAUACCCCACGCCCAGGCAGACACCACAUACCCCACGCCCAGGCAGCCACCACAUACCAGGCAGCCACCACAUACCACAUGCCCAGGCAGCCACCACAUACCCCACGCCCAGGCAGACACAGCAUACCCCACGCCCAGACUGACACCACAUACCCCACGCCCAAGCAGCCACCACAUACCCCACGCCCAGGCAGCCACCACAUACCCCACGCCCAGUACGUACUCCCCGUAGUAUGUACUGAAGUUGACUGA